AAGAGACAGACGGAGGGAGAGUGCUGCCCUGUUGAACCAUCUUCACUCUACUGCCUGUGCCAGCUGCGGUGCCAAUCCAACCUGCCGUCCUCACCUGGGAAACCACCUGCCAUUUCAUUGACUCCAAUGGGAGAGAGGCAGGAUGCCCCAACCGCGUGACCCCUCUGUGCCAGUGCAGACUCCAGAAGUGGGAACCCUCCUGACCUCAGCAGCUACCCAGGGCAAGCCUAAACGGAUUGGCAAGGGGAGCAGAUCAGAUUGUGUGUGUGUGUGGGGCUGUGAAGUCGGAACCACUGGGAUGCCAACGACUGAGCAAGCUCCUGUGCCUGUAUUUUUAAUGGCCGCUUGAUCCGCAGAUGAUUGCAAGAGGUCUAAGGCAGGAGCCGGAGAGAGAAACCUCCAAGACCGAGCAAGGUAACUGGAGGAUCCAGAGCCAAAGUGGGAGGCAACGCCAGGCCUGGCCUAUGGAGGCCUCGCCACACGUCGACUCUGGGGACUUCCUUGCGAGGCCCUGUGUGGUCCUGUGGACGUGCCCCUUCCAGCCCCACACGCUCCUGUUCUGAGCCGCCACUUCAAUUUCCACCGUUGCCCUCGCUGUCCCACACCACAACGCUCUGGCCUCGAGGAUGUGCAACGUGUCCCUGCUGAGCUGCCACGUCGACUCAAAGGUCGACCAUCUCUUCCCGCCCACGCUGUACAUCAUCGUCAUCACCCUGGGCCUCCCCACCAACUGCAUGGCACUCUGGGCCGCCUACCUGCAGGUCAGGCAGAAGAACGAGCUUGGGGUCUACCUGAUGAACCUCUCCAUCGCAGACCUGCUGUACAUCGCCACCUUGCCCCUCUGGAUUGACUACUUCCUUCACUACGACAACUGGAUCCACGGCCAAGAAUCUUGCAAAUUCUUUGGGUUCCUCUUCUACACCAACAUCUACAUCAGCAUUGCCUUCCUCUGCUGCAUUUCCGUGGACCGCUAUCUGGCAGUGGCGCACCCGCUGCGUUUCGCCAAGUUCCGACGGGUCAAGACAGCAGUGGCUAUCAGUGCAGUGGUGUGGGCCAUUGAGAUCGGGGCCAACUCGGCACCACUCUUCCACAAUGAACUCUUUCACGACCUUUACAACCACACCUUUUGCUUUGAAAAAUACCCCAUGGAGGAGUGGGUAGCCUGGAUGAACCUCUACCGGGUCUUUAUCGGCUUCCUCUUCCCCUGGAUGCUGAUGCUGUUCUCCUACCAGGGGAUCUUGCGGGCCGUGCGUGGGAACAUCUCCACCGAGAAGCAGGAGAAGGCCAAGAUCAAGCGCCUCUCCCUCAGCCUGAUUGCCAUUCUUCUCUUCUGCUUUGCGCCGUACCAUGUCAUCCUGCUGUCCCGCAGCACUGUCUACCUGAGCAAGCCCUGCGACUGCAGCUUUGAGGAGAAAGUGUUUGUGGCUUAUCACACCUCACUGGCUUUCACUAGCUUGAACUGUGUGGCCGAUCCCAUCCUCUACUGCUUCGCCAAUGAGGGUGCCCGGAAUGAUGUGGCCAAGGCCCUCUCCACCUUGAUGCGCUUCCUCACCAGCUCAAAGCCCCAGGAGAUGGCCAGUGCCUCCCUUACCCUGGACACCCCUCUCUCCUCCCAGAAGAGCAGCUUCUGCCGGCAGCCCCUGGCACUCCCUCUGCCCCCUUCGCAAGUUGGGGUGGGGAUACGGGAUGAGGAGCUCCAAAUGAAGAUACUGACUUUUCACCGCUGAACUUUCAUCAAAAAGCCCCUGGUGCUAAAUUAUGAGGAGAUGACACUGCCCCAUGCUGGCAGCCUGCCAGGGCAGACAGCCUGUACAUACAGUAUUGGUAAAAUAAAA